CCGGGAUGUGGCGUCCCUUUAUGACGAGCGCAGCAGCAACAGAGGUUGAUAAGAAAAAAUGGCUGCUGUGUGCGCUUGGUUCCUGGUGUUGGGAUCUGUCUUUUUGUGCAAUCUCUUCAAAACACUAUUGCCGACUAUUUCCUCUUUCCUGUCGAAGGUCCUUCAGAAAGAUGCUGAGCAGGAGAGGGAUAUGAGGGCUGAGAUCCAGGAGAUGAAGAAGGAGCACAACUCCGUUAGCAUGAUGGAUGAGUUUGCCAGAUACGCCAGACUAGAGCGCAAAAUCAACAAGAUGACUGACAAGCUGAAGACGCAUGUCAAGUCUAGAACUGCUCAACAAGCCAAAAUGAAAUGGAUGGUGAAUAUAGGUUUUUACAUCCUGCAGGCUGCUCUGAUGAUCUCCCUGAUUUGGAAGUAUUAUGCUGACCCAGUGACUGUUGUACCCAGUAAGUGGAUUGCCCCCCUGGAGCAGCUGGUGGCAUUCCCAUCUGGAGUAGCAGGUGGUGUUGGAAUCACAUGCUGGCUGGUGGUGUGCAACAAAGUGGCAUCUAUUGGUCUACAUGCAAUUAGCUAAGGAAUGGGAUCUUUUAAUGUCUUAUUUAUUCCCCAAAUGCUCUGACAAUGAAGUCAGGCAUUGUUACUCAGCGCUUUGAUAUUAAAGUGUAAAUCGGUACUGUUGGUAAGCACUUUUACAAAGCACCCCAUAUUCAAACAUUGCCAAUGUUAUUGCACAUAUUUGAGUGUCUCUUAUGUUGCUUCGGAAUCGGAUGUUACACAACAUGGCCAAAAGUAUGUAGACACACCUUCAAAUUAGUGGAUUUGGCUAUUUCAGCCACACACGUUGCUGACAGGUGUAUAAAAUACAGCACACAGUCAUGCAAUCUCCAUAGACAAACAUUGGCAGUAGAAUGGCCCAUACUGAAGAACUCAGUGACUUUCAAUGUGGCACUGUCAUAGGAUGCCACCUUUCCAACAAGUUAGUUCGUCAAAUUUAUGCCCUGCUAGAGCUGCCCCGAUCAACUGUAAGUGCUGUUAUUGUGAAGUGGAAACGUGUAGGAGUAACAAUGGCUCAGCUGCGAAGUGUUAGGCCACACAAGCUCACAGAAUGGGACCGCUGAAGUGCAUAGUGCGUAGAAAUCGUCUGUCCUUCGGUGCAACACUCACUACCGAGUUCCAAACUGCCUCUGGAAGCAACGUCAGCACAAGAACUGUUCAUCGGGAGCUUCAUGAAAUGGGUUUCCAUGGCCCGAGCAGCCGCACACAAGCCUAAGAUCACCAUGCACAAUGCCAAGUGUCGGCUGGAGUGGUGUAAAGCUCUCCGCCAUUGGACUCUGGAACAGUGGAAACGCGUUCACUGGAGUGAUGAAUCACCAUCUGGCAGUCCGAUGG